GUAGAGAACCAACGGCAAUGCAUCCAAGAGGCAACUCAGAGGACCUAAUUACUCAACACCAGCACGUCAAAGCCGAUAGUCUCCUUGGAGUGCAAAGACAUAGAGGUUGCGGAAUCUUUAUAGCUCUUUCAUCAGUCAUCGCUGCUAUAAGUGGAUUGUUACUGGGUUAUGAGCUAGGAAUAAUCUCUGGAGCACUACUUCAGCUGCACAGGUUAUUACAACUGACUUGCCAACAACAAGAAAUAGUAGUAAGUGCCUUACUAAUUGGAGCACUUUUUGCAUCACUGGUUGGUGGUUUCCUUAUAGACUACUAUGGAAGGAGAAUUGUGAUAAUUGUUACCUCUUGUUUACUAGUUCUGACAAAUCUACUUUUGAUCCUUAUUGUGUCCUAUGGCACUCUCAUCAUUGGACGCAUUGCAGUUGGGAUUUCCAUAUCUUUAUCUACCAUUGCUACAUGUGUUUAUAUUGCAGAGAUUGCGCCACAGCAUAACAGAGGUAUGCUUGUGUCUCUUAAUGAACUUAUGAUUGUAGUUGGAAUACUGCUGGCCUAUAUCUCCAAUUACGUAUUUGCUACUGUUAUCAAUGGAUGGCAGUAUAUGUUCAGCCUUAUUAUACCACUGGGUGCCUUACAGGCCUUUGCUAUGUAUUUCCUUCCUCUAAGCCCCCGGUUUCUGAUCAUGAAAGGUCAAGAUGAUGCUGCUGGCAAGGUCCUUGAGAAACUAAGAGCAACAUCAAACAUCAGUGAAGAACUCAUGGCUAUUAAGUCAUCCAUAAAAGCCGAAUAUCAGUACACCUUUUUGGACUUGUUUUGUUCCCGGGACAACAUGAGAGCCCGCCUAUUGACAGGUCUAACAUUAAGCUUCUUUGUACAAAUUACAGGACAACCUAACAUUGUAUUAUAUGCUUCAAUGGUUCUGAAGUCAGUGGGGUUUGAGAGCAAUGAAGCCGCCAGCUUGGCUUCCACUGGAAUUGGUGUCGUCAAAGUGGUCAGCACAAUACCAGCAAUAUUAUAUGUGGACAAAUUUGGAAGUAAACGUUUCCUUUGUGUUGGGUCUGCUGUGAUGGCUGCAUCUUUAAUGACAAUGGGGAUAGUGAGCCUUAAAAUAGAUGUUAAUUCCAAUGGUAUUUGUAAAGCCUACAAUCAGUCUCUUGAAGAGCCUUCAUUUAAUGGACCAAUAACUAUAGCAAGAAAUAAUGUAUCUCUGAGGAAAGAGCUUCAUGAACUCUCAUUGAUCAGUGCAACUGACAUCACGGCAACACCAGAUGGGACAAAACUAUGGCCACAGACUUCCCAGAUAAAUCAUGUUACGUCUGAUAAUCUCAAGAUUACCUCACAAUCAACAGAAGUUUCAGUAUCUUUGAAAUGGUUGUGUUUAGCAAGCCUACUUGCUUAUGUUGCUGCCUUUUCUAUAGGUUUAGGACCAAUGGCUUGGCUUGUACAGAGUGAAAUAUUUCCAGUGGGAAUCAAAGGCCGGGCUUUUGCAAUAACAAGCAGUAUGAACUGGGGUAUGAAUCUCCUCAUAUCUCUAACGUUUCUCACGAUAACAGGUAUUGUUGGCCUGUCAUGGAUGCUUUUCAUCUAUGCCAUAAUGAGCGUAGCAUCACUAGCAUUUGUCAUAAUGUUUGUUCCUAAUACAAAGGGGCGGCCAUUGGAGGAAAUAUCAAUGGAAUUAGCCAAUAGGAACUACAUGUGGCGGACAAUUCGUUGCACGAAUCGAAACAAAACGAAAUUAGUGCCAGUGGAGCUAGUGAAGUGCACAGCAUAGUCAUUCCUUAGCAAGACCUUAAAUGCCGGAACAGACAGCAUAUAUUUUGUUUCAACAUUUCAUGUGUGUCACAACAAUGGUCAGUAAGAAAAUAUUUGAAACGGUCACCACACUUCCAGUGCUGUUACUAUAAACUGCUGGAGUUAGAAAUCAGUUUAUUUAUAAACAUAUUUUCUCCACUGAAGCAUUUGUAUUAGUAAGCUUUAUGAUUUUAGAGCGGAUCAUUACAUUUUCUUGUCAAUAAAGUCUGAGACUGAACAA